AUGCGCAUAGAUCCCUUAUCAAACAAUCACGAUGCGGCGACAAAUGUGAACGCAUCCGAUGAGGAGAGAUAUGAGGUUGAAGAGAUUCUGGAUGUGAAGAGCGUAAACCGAAGGUAUAAAUAUAAGCUCAAGUGGAAAGGCUACACGGAAACCUCUUGGGAGCCGGAGGAGAAUCUUGAUUGUCCCGACCUGUUGGCGACCUUCUGGCGGGCCCGCACGCACAAUACGCGUAAACGGAAACGUGCCGCAGAUGAUGCGAACCCCAUAAGGUCCGAAAGAAAAGGGGGCAGUAGUGGAUGUUAUUUCUCAGUACCGAAAUUGAACUCAGGGCCGGCUCGUAGAGGCUCUGAACAGACUUCGAUCAGGCACUCGUUACAGGAAAUUACUCGUCAAGAUUCGGAUUCUUUCAGACCGCUGCCAGACACCCCACAUUGGGAAGCAUGGAGAGCUUUACUAGUUGGUGCUGAGUAUGAGACACUGGUCAGAAAUACCUUUGAUAAUAGCGGACCCCCGGAAAAUUUCGAAUGGACGGAGAAGCUCAUAUAUACCGGGACCGACAUACCCGACUCUGAAUUCACUGUCGCCUGUGAGUGUAAGGAUUUUUGCGGAAAAGAUUGUUUGUGCAUCUUGGAGUACGACCAGCAAAAUGCACCCUAUGAUUCUGAUGGACGGGUGAAGGAAGGACCCGCUUACGGCGCCAUAUACGAGUGUCAUAGUAGUUGUCCAUGUCCUCAAGAUUGUCACAAUCGCGUUGUUCAAAAAGGGCGGAAGAUUCCUUUGGAGAUUUUCAGAUGUGGGGAUGCCAGAGGUUGGGGGGUAAGAACACUCCAACGAAUAGCGAAAGGACAAUUUAUCUCAAAGUACGUUGGAGAAAUGAUUACAUCUGAAGAAGCCGAGAAGCGAGGCAAGACGUACGAUACAAAUGGGGUGACGUUCUUGUUUGAUAUUGACUAUGAUAUCGGAGAAUAUGAUGGCGAAGGAGCAAAGUAUUGUGUGGAUGCGUAUCGGAAGGGAAACAUCGCUCGGUUUUUCAACCAUUCAUGCGACCCCAAUAUUGCCUCGUACGCGGUUUUCAUAGAUAACUUGUCACCCGAGCAGCAUCAACUUGCUUUUUUUGCCGUGAGAGAUGUGGACGAAGGAGAAGAGCUCACAUUUGAUUAUGCAGGAAGCACAAAACCUCAUAGAUCAAAGCGGGCUACUGCAUGCCUCUGUGGUGCUGAAAAUUGCAGAGGAUUUGUACCGUUAUAA